GCUUCGUGUUCGAGGGGCUUGUGAACAGCGGUGAUCGGCUGUCACGCCCAGCAAACCUGUCUGCGGAGGUCGCCGCGCGUCCGCUUAGACGCGGGUGGCACUGCAGCGUGUUUGCACGGUGACAGCCGCCUCGCGGCUGAGACGUCCUGGGUUUCCUCCGUUUCCCCAUCCUCUGCUCUUUUGCUCCGCGAUUCGCUCCCGCAGCCUCCCGGGUGCGUCCCCUUAGCCUGUGUCUUUUCCUAAGGAGCCUUCUCACUUCGGAGACGCAAUGACAAGUUAAUAUGGGCGUCCGCGCUACGGUUUUUCAGGAGAAGAAUUGCCAGAGGCAGCCGUCCCCGAGAGCCCAGAGCUUCUGAGCAGGCCGCCCGCUGCGACAUUCGCGCAGGUGGGACCGACCUGCUGAGGGCAGCGACUAGCCCGCCAUCCUGAAGGCGCACUCUCAGGAUUCUCCCUGUUCCCCGACCCGGGGAUUUUGAUUUUUGUUUUUUCCUCCACUGUUGGUGGGCGCCUCGCGGGCCGAGGCCCGGCGCCUGCUCGGCUGCCCGCGCUGCCUUUAGCGGUCGCCUCCGCCGCCGCUGCCAGGGACGUGCUGGGAAAGCCGAAGCCCCGGGAGAAGAUGCCGGCCAUCCUGGUAGCCUCCAAAAUGAAGUCGGGACUGCCCAAACCCGUGCACAGCGCCGCACCCAUCCUGCACGUGCCCCCGGCCCGGAAUGGUCCUCAGCCCUGCUACCUUAAAUUGGGAAGCAAAGUGGAGGUGAGCAAGACCGCCUACACUAGCCAGAUCCCCCUGAAAUCUCAGGGGCUACAAGAGCCGACGGGAGAGGAGUUCCCGUUGCGGAAGAGCAGCUCCCUGGAGAACGGAUUCGAUACCCAGAUCUACACAGAUUGGGCCAAUCAUUACCUUGCCAAAUCCGGCCACAAGCGCCUCAUCAAGGACCUCCAGCAAGAUGUGACCGAUGGCGUGCUCCUGGCCCAGAUCAUCCAGGUUGUAGCGAAUGACAAGAUUGAAGACAUCAAUGGCUGUCCAAAGAAUAGAUCACAAAUGAUUGAAAACAUAGAUGCCUGCUUGAAUUUCCUGGCAGCUAAGGGAAUCAACACCCAGGGGCUGUCUGCAGAAGAGAUCAGGAAUGGGAACCUCAAGGCCAUUCUAGGCCUCUUCUUCAGCCUCUCCCGAUACAAGCAGCAGCAGCAGCAGCAGCAGCAGCCACCGAAGCAGCACCUCUCCUCAUCACCUCUUCCACCUGCUGGGCCUCAGGUGGCCGGGACGCCUUCCCACUGUCAGGCUGGCAUUCCUCAGCAACAGGGGCUGGCCACUCCCCAAGCUCCGUGCCAGCCCCUCCAGCCAGCUUCGCAUCAGCAAGCAAAAACACAAGCAGAAAUGCAGUCCAGUGCAUCAUCCAAGGACUCAUCUCAAAGCAAAAUCAUCUGCUUCACUCUGGGUCAGAAAAAGAUCUCUAGACUUCCAGGUCCCACCGCAAGAGUGGCCGCUGCAGGCAGCGAGGCCAAAACUCGUGGAGGGUCAGCUGCCGCCAGCAACCGACGGAGCCAGAGCUUUAACAACUAUGACAAGUCCAAACCUGCCGCCUCUCCACCCCCACCCCCACCACCAAGUAACCACGAAAAAGAGCCAUUGGCAAGCUCGGCCUCCUCCCAUCCCGGAAUGAGCGAAAAUGUCCCUGCUUCCUUGGAGAACAACCCUUCCAUCCCUGUUAACUGCUCCUCCUCAGCCAUCCCCCAGCCCAGCAUGACCUCUAAGCCCUGGCGCAGCAAGUCACUCAGUGUGAAGCAUAGUGCCACGUCAUCCAUGCUCUCUGUCAAACCCGCUGGGCCUGAAGCCCCCAAGCCCACACCUGAAGCCAUGAAGCCUGCUCCCAACAAUCAGAAAUCCAUGUUGGAAAAGCUCAAACUUUUCAACAGUAAGGGGGGCUCUAAGGCAGGGGAGGCCUCAGCAUCCCGGGACACCAGCUGUGAGCGGUUAGAGAUCCUGCCCAGCUUUGAAGAGAGCGAAGAGUUGGAGGCUGCUAACAGGGCACUUUCAACUGCAGGCCCUGCAUCCAGCAGCCCCAAGAUUGCACUCAAGGGCAUUGCACAGCGGACUUUCAGCAGGGCACUCACCAACAAGAAGAGCUCCCCAAAGGGCAAUGAGAAAGAGAAGGAGAAACAACAGCGGGAGAAAGAAAAGGAAAAAGAGAAGGGCAAGGAACUCACCAAGAGAGUCUCCAUGAUUGAUAGGCCUGACCUCAAGGAAGACCCCAAAGAAGAACUCAGUGGGGUGGCUGUGACUGAGAUGCCAAAAAAGUCCUCUAAGAUCGCCAGCUUUAUCCCCAAAGGGGGCAAGCUCAACAGCAUCAAGAAGGAGGCCACAGCUCCAUCACACAGCGGCAUACCAAAACCAGGAAUGAAGAACACGCCUGGGAAGUCCCCAAGUGCCCCUGUACCUCCCAAGGAAGGAGAGAGGAGCCGAGCAAAGCUGAGCUCAGGGCUUCCUCCCCAGAAGUCCCAGCUAGACAGCAGACACUCCAGCUCCUCCUCCAGCCUGGCAUCCUCGGAGGGAAAAGGCCCUGGAGGGACCACUCUGAACCACAGCAUUAGCAGCCAAACUGUCAGUGGCUCCACCGGGACCACCCAGACCACUGGAAGCAAUACCGUCAGUGUUCAGCUACCUCAGCCUCAGCAGCAAUACAGCCAUCCCAACACAGCCACGGUUGCACCUUUUCUGUACAGGUCCCAGACGGACACCGAAGGGAAUGUCACUGCCGAGUCCAGCUCAGCAGGCGUGAGCCUGGAACCCAGCCACUUCACCAAGAGUGGGCAGCCUGCUCUGGAGGAGCUCACGGCAGAAGACCCCGAGGCUCGGCGGCUGCGGACAGUAAAGAACAUUGCAGACCUACGGCAGAAUUUAGAAGAGACCAUGUCCAGUUUGCGGGGAACUCAGGUUACGCACAGUACACUAGAAACUACGUUUGACACCAACGUCACCACAGAGAUCAGUGGCCGCAGCAUCCUCAGCCUGACAGGCAGGCCCACUCCUCUCUCUUGGAGACUCGGCCAGUCCAGCCCCCGGCUCCAGGCAGGAGACGCCCCUUCAAUGGGCAAUGGGUACCCACCUCGAGCCAGCGCCAGCCGCUUCAUCAGUGCUGAAGCAGGCCGCUAUGUGUACUCUGCCCCUCUGAGAAGGCAACUGGCCUCUAGGGGCAGCAGCAUCUGCCACGUGGAUGUCUCGGACAAGGCAGGCGAUGAAGUAGACCUGGAAGGCAUCAGCAUGGAUGCCCCUGGCUACAUGAGUGAUGGGGACGUCCUGAGCAAGAACAUCCGGACUGAUGAUAUCACAAGCGGGUAUAUGACGGAUGGUGGGCUUGGCCUCUAUACUCGCCGCCUAAACAGGCUUCCUGAUGGGAUGGCUGUGGUGCGAGAGACCCUACAACGAAAUACCUCCUUGGGCCUUGGAGAUGCUGACAGCUGGGAUGACAGCAGCUCCGUCAGCAGUGGCAUCAGCGACACCAUAGACAACCUCAGCACGGAUGACAUCAAUACCAGCUCAUCUAUCAGCUCCUAUGCCAACACGCCUGCCUCCUCCCGAAGAAACCUGGAUGUGCAGACCGACGCUGAGAAGCACUCACAGGUGGAAAGGAAUUCCCUGUGGUCUGGUGACGACAUCAAGAAAUCAGAUGGAGGCUCAGACAGUGGUGUAAAGAUGGAGCCAGGCUCCAAGUGGAGGCGGAACCCUUCAGACAUGUCAGAUGAGUCUGACAAAAGCAUGUCUGGCAAGAAGAAUCCCGUCAUCUCACAGACAGGCUCAUGGCGGCGAGGCAUGACGACAGAGGUGGGCAUCACCAUGCCAAGGACAAAGGCAUCAGCUCCAGCAGGCACACUGAAGACCCCAGGAACUGGAAAAACAGACGAUGCCAAGGUGUCUGAGAAGGGAAGGCUUUCACCCAAAGCCUCCCAGGUCAAGCGCUCCCCAUCGGAUGCUGGCCGCAGCAGUGGGGAUGAAUCCAAAAAAACCCUCCCCAGCAGCUCUCGGACACCCACUGCCAAUGCCAACAGCUUUGGGUUCAAGAAACAGAGUGGUUCUGCUGCAGGGCUAGCCAUGAUUACAGCCAGUGGGGCCACCGUCACCAGCAGGUCUGCAACCCUGGGUAAAAUCCCCAAAUCAUCUGCCCUUGUCGGUCGGCCCACGGGUCGAAAGACAAGCAUGGAUGGAGCCCCAAACCAGGACGACGGGUAUCUGUCUCUCAGCUCCCGGACGAACUUACAGUAUCGGAGCUUGCCGAGGCCCAGCAAGUCCAGUAGCCGGAACGGGGCAGGGAAUAGAUGCAGCACCAGCAGCAUCGACUCUAACAUGAGCAGCAAGUCAGCAGGCCUGCCAGUGCCCAAGCUGAGGGAGCCCUCCAAAACAUCCCUGGGCAGCUCGCUACCAGGGCUCGUCAAUCAGACGGACAAGGAGAAAGGCAUCUCUUCAGACAGUGAGAGCGUGGCUUCCUGCAACUCUGUGAAAGUGAACCCAGCCACACAGCCGGUGUCCAUCUCGGCUCAGGCCACUCUGCAGCCAGGGACCAAGUACGCAGACGUGGCCUCUCCCACACUCCGCAGACUCUUUGGUGGGAAGCCUACCAAGCAAGUGCCCAUCGCCACAGCUGAAACCAUGAAAAGCGCAGUGGUCAUCUCCAACCCUCAUGCCACUAUGACCCAGCAAGGUAACCUAGAGUCCCCCUCAGGCAGUGGCGUCCUGAGCAGUGGGAGCAGCAGUCCUCUCUACAGUAAGAACGUGGACCUCAACCAGUCUCCUCUGGCAUCCAGCCCCAGCUCAGCCCACUCAGGCCCUUCCAACAGCCUCACCUGGGGUACCAGCUCGUCGGCAGUGAGCAAGGAUGGCCUGGGCUUCCAGUCUGUUAGCAGCCUUCACACCAGCUGCGAGUCUAUUGACAUAUCCCUCGGCAGUGGCGGGGGCUUGAGUCACAACUCCUCCCCUGGUCCUGUUGCCUCCACUAAGGAAGACUCUUUGAUGCCUUUUGUCCGUACCAGCAGUGUGAAGACCACACUGUCGGAAAGCCCCCUCUCUUCCCCUGCUGCUAGCCCUAAGUUCUGCAGAAGUACUCUGCCCAGGAAACAGGACAGUGACCCGCACCUUGAUAGGAACACUUUGCCUAAGAAAGGACUCAGGUAUACACCCACCUCCCAGCUUCGCACCCAGGAAGACGCCAAAGAAUGGUUGCGGUCCCACUCUGCUGGGGGCCUGCAGGACACCGCUGCCAACUCCCCCUUCUCCUCUGGCUCUAGUGUCACUUCUCCCUCUGGAACAAGAUUCAACUUCUCCCAGCUUGCGAGUCCCACCACUGUCACCCAGAUGAGCUUGUCCAACCCAACAAUGCUGAGGACCCACAGCCUGUCCAACGCUGAUGGCCAGUAUGACCCCUACACUGACAGCCGCUUCCGGAACAGCUCCAUGUCUCUUGAUGAGAAGAGCAGAACAAUGAGUCGAUCUGGCUCCUUCCGGGAUGGCUUUGAGGAAGUUCAUGGAUCCUCCCUGUCCUUGGUCUCAAGCACAUCCUCCAUCUACUCCACGCCUGAAGAAAAAUGCCAGUCAGAGAUUCGAAAGCUGCGACGAGAGCUGGAUGCCUCCCAGGAAAAGGUGUCUGCACUGACCACCCAGCUGACUGCAAACGCUCACCUUGUGGCAGCCUUUGAGCAGAGUCUCGGAAACAUGACCAUCAGGCUGCAGAGUUUAACUAUGACUGCAGAGCAGAAGGAUUCAGAACUGAAUGAGUUAAGAAAAACCAUUGAGCUGCUAAAGAAACAGAAUGCAGCUGCCCAGGCUGCCAUUAACGGAGUGAUAAACACACCAGAGCUCAACUGCAAAGGAAAUGGCAGCACCCAGGCUGCAGACCUACGCAUCCGCAGGCAGCACUCCUCUGACAGUGUCUCCAGUAUCAACAGCGCCACCAGCCACUCCAGUGUGGGCAGCAACAUAGAGAGCGACUCAAAGAAAAAGAAGAGGAAAAACUGGUUGCGCAGCUCCUUCAAGCAAGCCUUCGGGAAGAAGAAGUCCCCCAAGUCAGCGUCCUCACACUCAGACAUCGAGGAGAUGACAGAUUCUUCAUUGCCUUCCUCACCAAAAUUGCCACACAACGGAUCCACAGGCUCUACCCCGCUGCUGAGGAACGCCCACUCCAGCUCUCUAAUUUCUGAGUGCAUGGACAGUGAGGCGGAGACAGUCAUGCAGUUACGAAAUGAGCUGCGAGACAAGGAGAUGAAGCUGACAGACAUCCGCCUGGAAGCACUCAGCUCUGCCCACCAGCUGGACCAGCUCCGAGAGGCCAUGAACAGGAUGCAAAGUGAAAUUGAGAAGCUGAAAGCGGAGAAUGACCGACUGAAGUCUGAAUCUCAAGGCAGUGGCUGCAGCCGGGCCCCUUCCCAGGUGUCCAUCUCCGCUUCCCCAAGGCAGUCUUUAGGGCUCUCACAGCCCAGCCUGAACCUCACAGAGUCCACCAGUCUAGACAUGUUGCUGGAUGACACUGGUGAAUGCUCGGCUCGGAAGGAAGGAGGCAGGCAUGUUAAGAUAGUUGUCAGCUUUCAGGAGGCAAUGAAGUGGAAGGAGGACUCCAGACCACACCUCUUCCUUAUUGGCUGCAUCGGAGUGAGUGGCAAGACAAAGUGGGACGUGCUUGACGGGGUGGUUAGACGGCUGUUCAAAGAAUACAUCAUUCAUGUGGACCCGGUGAGUCAACUGGGACUGAAUUCAGACAGUGUUCUCGGCUACAGCAUCGGUGAAAUCAAGCGCAGCAACACCUCAGAGACCCCUGAGCUCCUCCCUUGUGGCUAUCUGGUCGGAGAGAACACCACCAUCUUGGUGACUGUCAAAGGGCUCACGGAAAACAGCCUGGACUCUCUGGUGUUUGAGUCCCUGAUCCCCAAGCCCAUCCUGCAGCGCUACGUCUCCCUGCUCGUAGAGCAUCGGCGCAUCAUCCUCUCGGGUCCCAGCGGCACUGGGAAAACCUACCUGGCCAACCGGCUCUCGGAGUACGUGGUCCUUCGGGAAGGACGGGAGUUGACAGACGGCGUCAUUGCCACCUUUAACGUGGACCACAAGUCCAGCAAGGAACUGCGCCAGUAUCUGUCCAACCUGGCCGACCAGUGCAACAGUGAGAAUAACGCUGUGGAUAUGCCACUUGUCAUCAUCCUGGACAACCUGCACCACGUGAGCUCUCUGGGAGAGAUCUUCAAUGGACUGCUUAACUGCAAAUACCAUAAAUGCCCUUACAUCAUCGGCACAAUGAACCAGGCUACCUCUUCCACUCCCAAUCUGCAGCUUCAUCAUAACUUCAGGUGGGUGCUUUGUGCCAACCACACGGAGCCUGUGAAGGGUUUCCUUGGCCGCUUCCUGAGGAGGAAGCUCAUGGAAACGGAGAUCAGUGGGCGGGUACGAAAUACAGAGCUGGUGAAAAUCAUCAACUGGAUCCCCAAGGUCUGGCAUCACCUCAACCGCUUCCUCGAGGCCCACAGCUCCUCGGACGUCACUAUCGGUCCCCGGCUCUUCCUGUCAUGUCCCAUAGACGUGGAUGGUUCCAGAGUGUGGUUCACUGACCUGUGGAACUACUCCAUCAUCCCCUACCUCCUGGAAGCUGUCAGAGAAGGACUCCAGCUCUAUGGAAGGCGUGCCCCCUGGGAGGACCCCGCCAAGUGGGUAAUGGACACCUACCCAUGGGCCGCCAGCCCACAGCAGCAUGAGUGGCCUCCGCUUCUGCAGCUCCGGCCUGAGGACGUGGGGUUCGAUAGCUACUCCCUGCCUCGGGAGGGGUCGACAAGCAAGCAGGUGCCCCCCAGUGAUGCUGAAGGAGACCCGCUGAUGAACAUGUUGAUGCGGUUGCAGGAAGCAGCCAACUACUCCAGCCCCCAGAGCUACGACAGCGACUCCAACAGCAACAGCCAUCAUGACGACAUCCUGGACUCUUCACUGGAGUCCACUCUGUGACCGAGGCCCCCCGCGUCUCCUCGCUCCAUCCCACCUGCAUCCUCCAUUUCAUUCUGAAGAUGACUUCCUGAGCCAGCCCUGGCUGCCACAGCCUUGAAGCCAGAGCAGAGUGACAGGGAUAGGAGACCCCAGCCCUAGCGCUCUGCCCUUGCAUGCGCAGCCCAGGGCCUCCUCCCCACACAGUGACAGCUGUCCUAGCCUCUGUUCUACUCUCCUUCUCGGUUUGCCUUGUUGCCGUGACCUCCGUGAGACACUGAAGAUACUUCAUGGGAAAGGAUCCUCGCCGUUGAGAUAUAAAGAGAUUGAAUGAAAGUUUUAAAAAUAAGAUUCCACUCAGUGCCCUGAAAUCCAACAGCGCGCCUCCUCAAGCUACCCCCCAGAAAGAAAAGACUAAACCCAACUAGGAAAUAGACACAACAGGGCUUCCCUCAGCACAGACCCACCAGCUUGGGUCUGGCCACCAGCACCCCAGAGCCAUGCCACCCCACCCUCCACAGAAGAAUUGGUGCUAACGAGGGUGCUUGCUUGGAACGCCACCCAGGGACACUGAUGCAUCAUAUGUCUCUGUUUUCCACAUGGUGCUCUCCUUCCCCGAGAAGUAUUUUGUCUAUUCCAAUACACCCCUUCCCCUUCAGCCCAUCAGCCCCAGUUAUCCGUGAGAGCAAGUGAAGAGGUGAGAGUGUGAGCGAGCGGAUGGGACUAGCAACACAGAAAAGAGCGCCUGUUUCCUUCGUCUGUCCACAUGGUCAGGUUUCUGUCCGCAAACACUGUGUACUGUGCAAGUAGUUCUUUGGAGAACUAUCAACCCUUGCCUGUGUCUGCCUUUCUACCUGGUUGAUUGUGAAAGUUCCCUUCUCCUCUACUACCUCCUCCCUCCCCGCCACACACCUUGACCAGAAUUAAUCCUCUGGUGAAAGCAAGAGCUAAGUAGAGUUGAGUUUGCCCCUCCUCAGCUUGGAUUUCAGUGUUCUGUGCCCUCGACACCUCCUUCUGGGGCUGUGGGCACCUGUAUCCUUGCAGAUAGAUAGAGGAGCACCAGUUCUCUUCCUGUGGGUGAGCCACGGACCUUGCUUUUCCAUCUCUGAGGGCUGAGAACCCCACUUCAUCACCUCAGGCAUCCCAGACUCCAGUUGCAGGAAGAGUUGCUGCUGUCCUCUCAGCAAACCCUGGCACUUUCCCCAGAACCAAGGUGACACAGCUUAGCAGGGAGGCGCAGCUGCCCUUCCCAGAACUCUGGCCCUGCCUCCGUCCUGACGAGCCUCGCCUGACCUGUCCGGUGCUGACCCCAUGCAAUGCCUUACUGGUUUUGUACUGACCGUGUCCAUUUACAUGAGUGUUGUGCCUGCCUGGGGUUGUGUGUGCGUCUUCCCCAUCGAAGUGAACAGGGCUAUAAGUCAUCUUUUCAUAGAGAGAACACAAGUUGCCGACUUCUCAUCCGAAAGACUCAUCUGUGUGGGUGUAUGAUUGUGGGUAGAGAGAGAGAGAGAGAGAGAGAGAGAGAUCCAUUUCUUUAGGCUCCUGUUAGUCUCCAGCGAACGACCUCCCUGGACGGUAACCCCGUAAGUCCAUGCGACUUUGCAAAUCUGUACUCCAGGGGAAACCUAGUGUGCCUUGGCUCCAGCACACUGGUGGUCUCCUUACCGGGUCCGGACAUUUGAGCUCUUUGUGUUUUAUAGUCUUUCCCAGCCCCAGUGGGGGUGUCAGUAACGAUCAGGUUUUUUUAUUUCACUUUUUUGCUGUUCUAUUCUUGGAUGUUUGUCUCAGUAAAUUUUUUUUUUUCAUACCUUAUAAGCUUGACCCAGAACUGCUCACUUUGCUUGGAAUGGCACUGUUUUUUGUUUGUUUGUUUUGUUUUUUUUUCCCCCUCCCUCAUUGAAAGGAACAAGAAAGUGUCCUGUUAACUGGUAAAGAGAAACAUUUCCACCCCCUGCUGUAAUCCCACACUCAGCCUUCACUUCCGGUGUGGCUGUGAGUGUGUCUUCUUCUGUUGUUUUGUUUGUAAUAAAACUUAUAAACCAUAUGUCUAGCCUGUGACCAGAGCCAAACCCUGAGCCUUCCAGUGCCCCUGAAGGGUAGCCUACCCUUCUCAGUCUAUCUCCCAGCAAUGACCGUACACUAUCAUACUGUGAACUUGGGAGCUAGUUAAAUCAAGUCCCUCCUUGCGCAUAGUUUUCUCAGUCACCCUCGGAGUACACCCUGCCAACAUUAUUUGGAACUGUUGUCUUUAAUGACACCCUCUCCCCACUCGCCAUGCCUAGACUUCUCGCCUACCAUAUCCAGGCUCACAACAGAAACCUGUGUACCUACUGCCGCCUGUCUGGCCAGCGGCGAUUUAGUGCCUCCUAGCUCAGCUGCCUUCCUGAAGCUCUGGGAAGCCGGCUGUCUAAAAGGCGCAUUUCCUACUGGGUCAUGAUUUUACUUUCCUGUUGCUCAGCCUUGGACAAAGUGACUUUGGACUCACUUAGGGCUCUGUCUGAAAUGCUUCCAUUUUGCCUUUUUCUAUAGAUAGGCUAAUUUUGAAAUGAAAGUAAUCCUAUGCAACACUGAUGCUAAGGUACCAGUGGGAACCAAUGUUUGCUUCCCAGGAGACCAAGAAUUCCACAAUGAGUUGGGAAGUCCUUUUAAUUUAAGAUUGGGGGUGGGGUGGGAGUGUAAGAAAGGCAAGGCUUGCCCAUAUCUUUCUCUGACCUUGGGGACAUUUUCAAUUUUAUUGUUUAUGCUCGACUUUAAGAUUCUGUGUGCCCAAAUUUGACCUUGGCAAAUCUAUUUGAAAAGCAAAACAAUCCAACUUUGUGGAUAUUGAGUGGGAGGUUUGCUGUUUUGACCUGCUUGUUUUGGGCCGAGCAGUUAUGAAACAUGUUCUAUAAGAUGUACAUUUUUUUUUCAUUGUAAAAUAGAAAUUGUAAAUAAUCAAUGAAACUGCUGCAUUUUGAUGACUUUUUUCUAGCCAUUUUUAAAGAGAAAACUAGGAAUUGAGUAUUUUGUGUACGGUAUGUUUCCACCGCCCUCUUCCCUCCCCUCCCUCCCUAUUUAAUUUUCAUUUGUCAUGAGGUUUUUGGGUUUGAGAACAAUCCGCUGGAGAUCUGCCCCAUGUCAUAGAGAAUAAAGCUGAUGAUUGUACCAGACUUAAAUUAUUCAUGAUUCAAUAAAGUUAAUGCUUAUUUAUUCA